UCGCACCAACUUACUCGCAUUCGCGCAUCAUUCUUAUUCAUAUAUAUAUUAAAAUAUAUACUCAUAUAUUCAUUAUUAAACUCGCUUAUGUUUACGAUAAAUCCCGCUAAGCUUUUAAAUGCUCGUAAAUUCUUCAAUUGUGAUAUUUAAGUUCUUUGUAUGUUUCGUUACAGUGAAGUGAUUAAUAAGUGAUUUUAAUAACACUGACAAUAACAAUAAUAAAUUAGUUAUUGUUUAUUUUAAUUCAAAUAAAAGGGAAAUAUAUAAAAAAAUAACUUUUUUUUAUAAAUAUUUAAAUGAAUCGCAAGUCAAGAAUGAAAUGUAAAAUUACAUCAAGAACUCACGCAUUAGCUGGAUACAUUUGAAAAUGAUUUUAAAAGUCUUAUAAACAUAAAUAAUUGCAGAUAUAAGUAACUAAAAAAAAAAAAAAAUUCUACAAUAAAUAUAUAUAUAUAGUAUAUUUUGUGAAGUAAAAAUAAUUAACAAAAAUAAUCAUAAUAUUUUUUUACAUUACAAUAAAGUAUAAAAAUAAUAUAAUAAUAAUAUAGUUUGGAAUAAUAAAUGUGAAUUGAAGUGUAAUAAUAGAUAGAAAAAAAAAAAGUAUAAAAAUUUGUGGUAGUAAGUGUUGAGUUAUAAGUGAAGUUGGCAUGUAUUGUCUAAGCGUGGCAUGCAAGUGCGGUGGUGGCGUUGGAGAUAAUGACACUGGGGAGAGAUGAGUCUGGAGCUGGGAUACGACAGGAGAAGAGGAAACGAACGAGUUGGAGUGGAACAAGAACAGAAGAGAUACAGCCAUGUCAUGGGAGUCUGUCGCGUCCAAGCAUUACCUUGGGAGUUCUGGGAGUCAUCAGUUGUCAGCAACGGCAUUACUUGGCAGCCCAGAUGAUUGUGGAUACGUUUAUCAAUUUGCUGAAGAGGAUUAUCAAAGCGAAUAUCAGAAUGGAAGCACUGAUAGUCAAUAUAAAACAUCAGUCAGAUCUGGUGUUGGAAUAUGGGAGUGUCUUAUCGGCUGCAGACAUCGACUGGAUCAACAAUUAGCAAGGAGACGUGUAGAACAAGGCUUAAAAUUGUAUCGAGCACACAAGCAGCAAGCAGCGGUACGGAAAUGGCGAGGAGCAUUAAAAAAUAUACGACAACGAGAAGACAAAUUUACUUUACUGGGAUAUCUUUAUCAAGCGUACAUGGAUUGGGGAAAAUACAGGGAUAGCAUAGACUUUGCGCACCGGCAGUUGGGGAUUUCUGACGAGCUGGACUCGCCAAACAUGCGGGCUGAAGCUUAUUUAAAUUUAGCCAGGGCACAUGAGAGACUUGGUGCUCUUGAGAGGGCAUUGGCUUAUGCCCGACACAGUCUUUACAAUGAGUGUGAUCAGUGUGCGACUGCUGGAUUAGUUCAUUUGACAGUAGGCAGAGUACAUUUAGAAUUAGCCGGAUUCUGCAAAGCGCUGGAAGCUUUUCAGAGGGCUCACAAAAUUGCUCAUUCUAUUCAGGAUCCUUCGCUAGAACUUCAGGUAUAUGUGGGGCUGUCUGAAUUAUUCUGUCGUCUUCAAGAUGCCGAGAAGAGUGCAAGAUAUGCAGCUCGGGCGUAUGAUCUCUCAAGAAGUUUACAGCUUGCUGAUUUGAAUUCUAGACAUCACCGUGCGGCCUUGUUGCAAAUGGCAACAGCGCUAAGGAAAAAAGGCGAACUUGGUGAUGCCCAUGAUUAUUGUUCGGAAGCCACCCGGUUGUCCCUUGUAUCUGGAGAUCAAGCCAGUUAUGCUCGAAGUAUACGAAUAAUGGGAGAUAUCUACCGUAAAAAAUCAGAAAUCAAUAAAGCCUUUCGACAAUACGAGAGUGCUAUGGGAUCGGCAGCAGCGACUGGAGAUCGAUUGUGUCAAAUGGAAGCUAUGGAUGGUGCUGCCAGGUGUCUCGAAGCUUUACGACUUCAACACAAAAUCUGUAAUUGCCGACCGUUAGAAUUCAAUACAAGGCUACUCGAAGUUGCAAGUUCUGUUGGUGCCAAGUUACUCGUGAGAACUGUGCGAUGCAGGCUAUCGCGAAUCUACGGUUCUCUAGGAGACGAAGAACAAAAAAAUCAUCAUGAAAGAAUAGCUGCUGCCACUGAAGAAGACUUGGAGCUGAGAUGUGGUGGAUGCAAUGAGUCUUUUGGUUUAGAAGCUGAUACUCUUGAAGCAUUGCCGUGUUCACAUAUUUUACAUGCGAGAUGCGCGUAUGAUAUAUUAAAGAGACGCGAUAAAAAGAAAAAACGUCUUUGUCCUGAUUGUCAUAAAUCCGUAAGCUCACGUUUAUAUUUACACUGCGAUGAUGCUCAUGAUUUAAACCAGAGUUCAUUGAGCUUGGCGUCAUUAAAAGCAAGCAGUCUUGCUACUUUGAAUGACUGUCAUGCUACUAGUAGUGUUUAAUUUAUUUUUCACAAACUUAUCGUUUAUUUAUUACUUAUUUAUAUAAUUUAAUUAUGUGCGAGAUAAAUUAUUUAUUAUAUGUAUAUUAAUUGCACUAAUUUUUAUUUUUAGUAUCACUAUAAUUACAGCCAAUUAAUUAUUCAUACACUGUAAAAAAUCGGGAGUGAAUCCGGAUUCAAUUUCAAUCCGAAUUCACUCCGCAUACGGAGUGAAUUGGGAGUUUUUUUUAGCGGAGUGAUCUCGGAGUGUCACGGAUUUUCUUUCACUCCUAAUUCACUCCGGUCCGGAGUUUUAACAUUUAAAUUAAUUUAUAUUAAACUAUUAAACAGUGUGUGUGUGUGUGCGGGUUCACGUAUGCGAGUGCGAGAGCGUGUGUGUGUCGGGUGUGAGCGUGUGUGCGGGAGUGUGUGUAAAUGUACGUGUGUGGGUGUGUGUACAUGCGAGUGCGCCAUUGCGUGUCCGAAUAUGUGUGUGCGUGUGUGUGUGUGCGUAUCAGCUGAUCAGCAAUGUAAUACGCGAGUUUUUACUUCGAUUUUAUUUAGUGGAGUUAUUUUUUAUUAAUAAUACUUACAAAAUUCCGCUCCGAAGUGAAUUUCACUCCGAGGUGAGUGAAUAAUUAAAAAUUCAUUCACUCCGCAUUUACUCCGGAUUUAAUCCGCAUUCAGUCCGCGAAUUUUUUACAGUGUAGACUUCUUUUUAAUCGUGUAAAUUUAUAACUUUCACAGCCGAAGCUCCAACGAAAAUUACUGUCAAAUUUAUAAUUUAUUAACGUGUUCAAUAUCCCGUCGUCGAUUCCAUAAAAGCGUAAUAUAGCAGAGUAUCGUCAAGUGGCAUAAGGGCGUAUGAAAAUAAUUUUUUUGCCUUGAGGGUGUACUUUAAAUCAUUCCCGUCCGGUACUCAAGUCGACGAACUCACAAAAUAAAUUCUUACAUCAAAAUUAUCCAGCAAAAUUGAUAUAUUAAUAAUUCCGAAGUUAGCCGACAAUUAACGGUUACGUAACAAAUGAUCCGAGGACAAUUGAUCCGCGACAAUUGAUCCUUACGACGAUUGAUCCGUCGAUAAAAUGCGUGUAACAUGAAAAAUUACGCCCUUUUUUCACUAAUUUUGUGUGCGUGUAACAUAAAAAAUAUACUCACACACAAAUUAGUGAAAAAAGGGUGUAAUUUUUCAUGUUACACGCAUUUUAUCGACGGAUCAAUCGUCGCAAGGAUCAAUUGUCGCGGAUUAAUUGUCGCGGAUCAAUUGUCCUCGGAUCAUCGGUCGUGUCACCCAAUUAACAAUUUUCGGAUUUUUUUUCAGAAAUCAAUUACGAAAAAAAAGGACACUAAAAAUAUGCGCACGUAGAAAAUAAAAGAAUCUACAGGUGCAAAUUUUUAAAUAACUUUUUCUUCUAUAAUUUAUCGUUUUUAAAAAAAUUCAAAAUUUAUUAGACGUCGGCCAACUUCAGUACCAUAAAUUGAUAUAUUAUGCAAAUUUGAUAUAUUUUAUAGAAAAUUACGUAAAAUCAGAAAUUUGUAGACUGUUAUCAAAAAUUAAAAAAUUUUUUUUACGCCUCUAUGACAUUUGUAUCGCGAUAUCUGGUAAUGCGCGUUUACCAUCUCCCGACAAAAGAUCCUCGACAAAAUAUCCCCCAACAAAAGAUCCACCGACAAAAUAUCUCCGGACAUAAUAUCCCCGACAAAAUAUCUUUCGAUAUAAUUUUGACAAUUUUCCUGGAAAACUAGCAUUCUCAUAAAACAUUUAAAUAAAAAAGAGAAAUUUUGCUGAUAGGAUAUUUUGUCGGGGAUAUUAUGUCCGGAGAUAUUUUGUCGGGAGAUCUAUUGUCGGGGGAUAUUUUGUCUGUGAGUUAUUUUGUCGGGGGAUGAAAACGCGCGGAAUCGCAAUAUCUAUUUUGUGAAAUGAAUAAAAAAAGAAAUUAAGAUUAAAAAUAAAUAAAACGUCAAAUAUGUGAAUUUAUAUUCUUAUGACGCAAUACAGAAAAAAUAAAUAUGUUUAGACAAUUGUUGAAGUAUAAAGGUGAUUGUUAAAGAAUAAUAGAUUAUUAAUAAAUAUCUAGAGCAGAAAUAUACCGAACCAAAAGCAUGCGGUUCUUUCUAUAGAAAAUAAAUUUCAAUGCCAAUUAAAUACAGAUAUAAUUCACCGUAUCGAUAUUGUGAUAAUUAUAAUUAUUUAAAUUUAAACGAAUAUUCUUUACGUGAAUUAGGUAUUUAAAAUUUAUUUUCUUUUGAUGUAUCGAGUACUUUUUUUGCGGUCAUUUUCCUGCGGUUAUUUUAUUACGGAACCUUAGAAAUUUAUGAUAAAAUUUAAACCGAGUAUUAUUUUAUGUAAAAUAUAAAAGUUAUUGCCAUCAUUAACUGAAUUUGAAUACUUACUACUAUUAGAAAGACUAAUAAAAUUUUAUUGAUAUUAAAUAAUUAAAUCAAUAUCGAUCGAAUGUUAAUUAUCUCCAAACUUUCUCUUUCUUCCUUUAUAUGUGGACUUAUAUUUUUAUCGCUAUAGAAAUCGGUGCUACAAAUAAAUAAAUAAAUAAAUGAAUGAAUAAAUAAAUAUAAAAAACAAAAAUAUACAUGAUAUAAAUAGAUGCUCGUAUAUAUUUAUGCAAAAGCGAAAUUAGCAAAAGAUAUUUUGAAAAUAACGUAAUAAUAAUAAUAAUAAAUAAUUGAAAUAAUUAAAAAUAACUGUUUAUCUUGCACACAAUUUUAUUAUUCAUUUUUCACACUAUUGUAGUUUUAAUUAAAAUAUUUUAUUCUGCUCAUAAUUAUAAAGAAUUAAUAACAAUCAGAUUAAUUAUAUAUAGAUAUAUAUAUUUCUCUUAACUCUUCGAACUAAACUUAAAAAAAAAUCUUCAUUUAAAAAUUAGUCUAUCGAGUUUUUAUUUUCGAAUUCAUUCUUUUCCUAAAAUUUUAAUUUCAAAAGAUAGGAAAAGAAAUUUACUUUUAUUGAAGCCCUAUUUAAAAGAACGAUUAUUAAUUCAAAAACGUUAUCUAUGAUAAAUAUUCGAAUUAGAAAAAAAUUUUGAACUUCGUUAAGACAUUUCACAAUAAAAAAAACUCGAGUUUUGAAAAUCGGGGUGAAAAAAACUUUCGAAAUUUUUGAAUUUUCUUAGCGGGCAAUCAAAAAUUGGAAGAAGACUUUUUUGAAAAUUAAUUAUUGUUGAACCCCGGGUCAAAAAUAAAACUUGAUUCAGGUUCGCUUUACCUUAUUUUCUUUUGAAGCUCGAUUUGCCGGCGAUUUUUCGAUAAGAUCUCGACUUUUUCGACUUAAAUUAAAUUUUUUUCAACUUUUUGAACUUUUUUCAUCUUAGUUUCAACUUAUUUGUAUUUUUUGAUCUUAAUUUAACUUAUUUGUCUUUACUUCGAGCACGAUAGUCAUUUACCUUACUUUUGACUUGCUGAACCAAGUCGAAAAAAAGUUAUUUAUUCGCCUUACUUUCGCAUUAAUAUAUAAAAAUUAUUUCACCUUAGUUUUGACUUUUUUGUAAUUUAAGUCGAAUAAGUCUAAACCAAGUCAAUUUCGACUUGAUCUUGAUUUUUUCGUUUGAAAAUUCAAGUCGAAUAAGUUAAAACCAAGUCAAUUUCGACUUGAUUUCAACUUUUUCGUCUUAAGGCUGGGCCGUACUAAACGAAUUUUUGAAUUUUACUUUUCUUUUAAUUUAUUAAUCAAUUGUUAUUACACAAAAAAUGUGAAAGACAAACUUUUUCGGAAGGUUUUCAUCAUUUAAGUGACGUAAUUAUUCAAAACGUAAUUAGAAACGUAAAAUUCGAAAAUUCGUUUAGUACUGCCGACCCUUAAAUCGUGACUCAGUAAGUUAGUUAAGUCUAAACCAAGGCAAAAACUCAAUUUAUUUCAUAUUUCCGUGAAAAAAUGUCGAGUUUGUCUUGUGAAAAACCGCUCCAAAUUUCGACUUGGUAAACCAAAUCUUAAUCAAGUUUUAUUUUUGACCCGAGACUUUACAUAAAAAAUAACUAGAAAUGUCAAAAUUACAGUUGCGAAAACAUACUAAAUAAAAAAUUUUUAUACAAAUGUCAAGGUAUGUUCAAAUAUAAUUAUAAUUUAAUUAUUAUUUUGACGCUUUGACUCUUAAAGAGUCCGAAGAAGUUCAAAAUUUUUAACGUCAAGUUCAUUAGCUGUAAUUUUGACACGAUAGUGAACGUUUUUGGAAAAUUUUCCGGCCGGUUAGUUUUUUUAACGCACCCUUAUUGACAUCUACAGUCAACCCGAGUAACUUGCGCUGUCAGAAUAAUCUAAAUCCUUCUUAAAAAAAAACCCUAGCUUUAUUUGUACCGUGAAAUUGAGUAUUUUCGGAAUCUAAACCUUCUGUUGAUUACGUGAAUAAAAAAAAAACUUCAAUUAUUCAAGCCAUGCCUGACUAUUACCCAUAAAAAAAGAUGUAAGCUGACGAAAUAUGGCUAGAUCUGACCAGAUAAAAUUAUAUCAUUAGAUAUAUAUUUUUAUUUGACCAGAUCAACUGUAUGUAAAAUACUUAUUUUUAAUUACAUAUAUUUAUUUAUAAAUAAAUAUCUUACGUGCCAAAUAAUAAAUGUGUUACAACCUGCCAGAAAAUAAAAACAUUUAGGUAUUAUCCGUUCCGUUAAUUAAUAAAUACUGAAUAUAAAUGAAAUCAUAAAAAAAAAAAUUUUUUAAAACCAUGUGUAUGAUAAUUAAAAUAAAAUUUUUGUAACAUAUACUAGAAACGUACGCCAUCAAAUACCUGCAGUCGGCAGCUAAAAAAAUUAUAUAUAACACAGUGGGUCAUAAAUAUAAAGAAACAGUCGAAUUCCAUUAACUUAGACAGUUAGCCUACGGUAGGAGUAGAAAUUUCCUGCAAACUCCGCCUUAUCAAAUUUCCCCUCCUUUAAAGAGUAAACUACAGCGCAUGCGUUCUUACAUCACAUGAAUGAUACAUAUGUACAUAUAUAAAUAUAUGUACACGUAAAAAUUAUAGCUUCGGGUGGAAGACAGCGUAGCUCGUAGUGGGGGUCAAGAUUGAGGAGAAGUUCCGAGUUAAUGGAAUCCGACUGUACUUAAUCAUUCGAAUUGUAACAUCAGCCGUGCAAAAAAUAUUAUUUUUUAGUUGCAUGCACUAUAGCUAGCGUGCGAAAAAUAUCGAAGUAACUCAUCGAGUCAUCUCGCGACAGAAUUUUCAUCAUACUUCAAGCGCCCUUUAUUACCUGCUGCCAAUAGACACUCAUCGGCGUACUUUUCGAGUAUUUCUUACAAAAACUACCCUGAUAGCCACCCUAACCGUAAAUUAACUACAAGCUACUACCGUAUUCUAAAGGUAACUUAAAGAAAAGUGUUGGAGAGCAAGCAGUUACCUUUAAGUUGACAGUAAAUUGUCUGUUAACUUGAAUUCAAUUUGACUACAAGUGUUACUGUUAGACAAUGACGUUAAGUUGAUUAAAAGUUUCACUUAAAAUAGACGGCAAGUUCUUCUGUCAUAUUACAUUCAGAUGACGGCAGUAGAUUUGCAUUAACUUGCACGCAAGUAUUAUCCAGCCGAGGCUUACCAGAAAUUUGUCGUUAAGUUAGCCAAAAACGUUUCACUGCAGAACUUGCUGAUCAAAGGUGUGGCUAUUAAGGGAAUGUAUAUAUCUAGUACAAUUACGUAUAAGACGCUCGUUGCCAAAUUCGUCUUCGGCUCGCUACAACCCUAGCUAAUCCGAAUUACGGUAAUUUACCGCAUUUGCCGUAACUUAGCGUAAAAAACAGUACUUCUAAAACAAGUUUUCCGCAAUUUGCAGUAAUUUACGGCAAUGUACAUUAAUAUACGGUAUUCUGCACUGAAUUACGGCAAUUUGCCAUAAUUUGCAGCAUUUCCACUGUAAGAACUGGAUUUUUUUUUAUUUUCACAGUUUUUACAGAGCAAUACUUAACUCUACAGUAAAUUUUCGUUCUCUUACUGCACUUUCGCGGUAAAAAUAUCGUACUUUUGCCGCAAAAUACCGUAAAUUGCGGUAAUUUAACGUAAUUCGGAUCCGUCAGGAAAUUCGCGUCUUAUACACAAUCGCACUUGAUAUAUAAACAACUAUUUUGAUUGAUUCAAAUAAUUUUAAUCUUGUCAAUCUUUUACUCACUGCCGUGAUUGAUUUUUUCAUAAAAUUGAAAAUAAAAAAAACUCCUCAAAGAAUUCUCAUGUAUGACAUUAAAUAAUUUAAAAAAAUAAAUAUAAAAACAAAGAGGCAACGAUUGGAAUUAUACGUUCAUACAUUGCAGUGGAUGGUAAUAAAAUAAAUAAAUAUAAAAUAUAUAUAUAUAUAUAUAUAUUUAUUAGUACAUACGAUGAUAAUAAUUUUAAUUAAAUUAUAAAUAUUUUUUGUUAUGCUGAAUAAUUGCAGGUGUGCAAUUGAUAAUUAUAAGAAACGAAAAAAAAAAUUUUAAUUAAUUAAUUAGAGGAAAAAAAAUAAAAAUAAAAGUAAAGUCAUAAGAGAUAAGCUAAUAAAAUAUAUGAAAUUUAUUUCUGUUGUUAAGAGUGUACGUGCUAAUUAGCACUCUAAUAAUACACGCACAAUCAGAAAUGUCUGUAGAGACGCGCACUGCACACUUAACUUGUAAAACAAAAACAAAUGCUCAUUGAAACAAAAAGGGUUUUAAUUAACAAAUUAAAUAAUAUGAAAUUUCAUGUUAAUUAAUUUAUUAUUAUUUUUUAAAUUUAAAUUACCUUAUGUGAAUACUGAAACUUAGCGAUAAAAGCACAAUUGUAAAUUAAAAAGUGGGCAGUAGAAUACUUAUGUCUAAAUAAAGCGAAUUAAUGUAUUUAAAAAUGUUUGAAUUUCAAAAUUUAAUGUAAACUAAUAAUAUUUAUAGUGUUGAGGAGAUAUUUAAUAAAAUUAGUGGUAUUUUAAUUAAUAAGUACCAUAAAUAUGUCUAAAUUAUAUGUGAGAAACGUGAUGGAACACGUGAAAAAAUAAACGACGGACGAGUACCUCAAUUGAAAAAAAAUAAAUGUUAUUAAAAUAAAAAUAUAAUU